GCGCCAGCCUUGGUCCGGGCAAGUCGCGUCCCGUCGCGCUCCUCUCGCAAAACAAAAAUAUUAUAAACAAUACACUGUGCUGGUUUUUGUGGACUCAAGUGUAACUGUGUUUUUGUUAAGUGAGAAAAUGAUGACUUCGUAAUAUUAACAGAUGUCCUCAAGUCGAUCGAAUUUUAGAAUCCAACUUAUUUAUUUUCGAUUCAAAAUAUUCGAAUGAUAUAAGAAAUACACGUGCAAUAAUGUAACAAAUUGAAAUUAACUAAUAUAUGUAUAAAAUACAGAAACAAACAAUAACAGUGACAACACAAAAAACAAUUGAAAUAUCAAUGUAAUGAUGUAAAAGAAUCCCACAAAAAAGUGCUAAAAAUCCAAAAUGGCGUCUUCAAACGGCAAAGAAAGUGCUAAAAUGACAGCUUCAAUAGACAGUUUAAAGUUAUCCAGUAAAAACACAUCAGUGUGUUCUUCAAAACACGCGUCAUCCGAAUCAGUGUUAUCAAGAAAGGAAAAAGAAUGUCUGCAAAUGCAAGAGUGCAAGAAAAAACUUCUUGCUAUGGAGCCACAGAUUAUAAUACGGGAUGAAAAUGUGGUCUUAAGGUCUCCCCCGCAGAAGAAAAUCGUUAUGCCGCCGACGAUCAAUGCCGAGGAAUUGGCAGCCGCAACCCCAACGCAGAGGAACUGGCGAGGGAUUCUCAUCGCCCUGCUGGUGAUAGCCGCAGUCCUCGGCCUGAUCGUCUUCAGCAUCGCACUCCUGACGCCAGCGGGGGAUGGCGGCAGGGUGCGGGGGCGAAGGCCGACCUUACAUGAUGUGUUGGGAGAACAUUACAAGCCUUUUAAUGGGACUUGGCUUACAGACGAGGAGCUGGUCUUCAGAGACAGGUGGGGCGGACUCACGCUGUUCAACGUCAAGAAUUUCACCACCAGACUUCUCAUGAAUAAUUCUACAUUCAGAGAACUAAACGCCGUGGACUUCAAAGUGUCAGCGGACCUGAAGUUCGUGCUCCUGAUCUCCGACGUGAGACCCGGGUGGAGGCACGCGCGCCUCGCACGGUAUCACGUCUAUGACGUCAUUAACAGGAAUAAGAUCCCAGUGUCCCCAAUCGAGGACGACCGCUCGGCUCCUCUGCUGCAGUACGCGGAGUGGUCCCCAGUCGGGGCCACGCUGGUCUUCGUGCACGACAACGAUAUUUACUUCAAGCCUAAAGUCUUCAAGACGCUUGUCUGCAGGAUCACUAAUAAUGGGAUCCCAGGCGUUAUAUUCAACGGCGUGCCCGACUUCCUCUACGAGACUGAAGUCCUUCGGCUCGACAAGGCGCUGUGGUUCAGCCCAGAUGGCCAGACCCUCAUGUAUGUGACAUACAACGACUCGCUGGUCCAGUCUCAUAAGUACCCCUGGUAUGGGCUGGACUUGCAGGAGCCGCCCGCGUAUCCUACGAUACGGACCUUGAGGUAUCCAAAGGUGAACACCAACAAUCCAGUGGUGACAGUGAACGUGGUGAGCGUGAAGACUCCGAAGUACCUGUUCUCUCACGCCAUACAGUUCUCCUCACAAGUUGACGAUAGCUGGUACGUGAGAUGGACGGGCUGGACGUCCGAGAAGCAGCUGGCGGUGCUGCUGCUGAACCGGCCGCAGAACGUCUCCCUCGUCAGCGUGUGCAGCGCUGUGCACUACAACUGUCAGGAUAUAUACCGCGAUGAGUCGGACGGCUCCCGCUGGUCGGGCCUCGGCUCCGAGCCUUCAGAAGAGGACUGCGGGUGGUGCGGAGGGAUGGCCCUCGUCGGCUCCAAGUCCACCAUCUACACAACAAUGCCAGUCGCCGACCUGCCGCCGGCCGGCACGGGCGGCUGGUGGAGACACGCCGUCAGAUUGACGCAGGACUCGAGAACUACGUUAACGUUAGGCAGCUAUGAGGUCACCCAAUUAAUGGGGUGGGAUGAGACUAGAAGAUAUUUGUACGUAAUAGGCACGGCGCCAGAGAAAGCCGGUGAACGGCACCUGUACCGCGUGAAGGUGCCGACGGACCCGGCGUCGUGGCCCGAUGUGCCGACCUGCCUCACGUGCCCGGGCGCCGCGCUGCUGCCGCCCGACGCCACUGCUGAGCCUGUCACUGAUGACUCGGAGCUAGACAACGCGACAUCAGGCCUGCCAGCAUGGCCGACAUCGACAGUGUUACCGCACGUCGCCGACGAGAACGACACGCUCCCGACAGAGUGCCUCUACAACCGCAUCAUGUUCAGCAAGAACUACUCCUAUUAUGUGCAGGAGUGCCUAGGCCCGGGUCCCCCCGCCACGUUCGUGUGCAGCCACUGGGGCGGGCGGCGCGCGGUGCUGUGGGACGGCCGCCCGCUCGCGCAGAAGUUCGCCGCGCUCGCGCAUCCGCAGGUCAAGGACUUCCGAGUUGAGGUGCAAGCCUACCGAGCAGCUCGCGUGCGUCUCCUGCUGCCUCCAGGGUUUAGAGAAACUGAUGACCUUCCUCUACCGCUAGUGUUACAUGUGUCUGCGCAACCAGGAGGUCAACUGGUGACGGAGCGGUGGAAGCCGAGCUGGGGCUGGUACUUGGCUGCUGCGAGGAACUUCAUAGUUGCCGAGAUAGACGCCAGAGGAUCUGGUGGUCAGGGAGAGGAGCUAAGAACAGAAAUAUACCACAAGCUCCUGUCGGUUGACGUGGAAGAUCAGAUAGCUGUUCUAUCCUACCUCCGCGACAACUUAAAGAUGGUGGACGGGUCCCGCGUGGGCGUGUGGGGGCGCGGGUUCGGCGGCGGCGCGGCGGCGGCGCUGGCGGCCGGCGAUGCGCGCAACGUCACCCGGUGCGUCGCUGCCGUCGCGCCGCUCACUGACCUUAGGCAUCAUAACUCCUACUGGACGGAGCGCUACAGCGGCUACGGGUCGACGUGGGCGGGCACGCUGGGCGUGAACGCGGUGUGGCGCAAGGCGGGCAACCUCCCCCCCCGCCGCGUCCUCCUCGCCCACGCCGCCGCCGACCUCACCGCGCCUCCCGCCCACACCCUCGCCCUAGCCCGGGCACUCAUCCGCAGCGCCGCGCUCUACACACACCAGGUGUAUCCCGACGAAGGUCAUAGCUUCGAGCGCUCCUCGAUCCACCUCCAUAAAACGAUGGAGCAGUUCUUCGACGAAUGCUUCGGUCCCGUUGAGGUCGCCGACUGGGACACUGGCGGCGUCGGGGGAUUAUUCCCCUUCCGCGACUAGUAUUACGAAGAGGGGAACGGCGAGUCCUCCCCUUAGAGUUGCGGACUUAUCGAUAGUAGGUAUCGAUUGGAAUCGAUCCCCGUUUGGAGGAAGUUUGCGGAUGUUUUUCCUGGGUGCUGUUUAGGUCAAGAUAGAUAGUCGAAUAGGCACUGGUCAGAAACAAUAUUACUUUAAUAAAAAAAAGAGAUGUUAUUUAAUGAGAUAUUGCGUUUUCUCUUGAUUGGAACAUGACUAUGUGCUUUUAAGACCAACAGACAAAUUGUAUCACACAGUCCAAAUAGAUAUUUCGUAAAAGUUACUUUAGAAAUGCUUUCAAUAAGUUUUUGCUUUCAAAGUUAGUUCGUGAAAUGACAAUCAAGCUAAACAAAGAAAAAACAAUCGGUGUGAUGCAAUAAAAUGUAUAAUAAUGUUCAUUUUUGGAAACAUAUGGCAUGUUUGUAAAGAAAAUCUAUUAAUAUCAGGCUAGUGAGAAAUAUGUACUACUUAGAUGACAAGAUAAAAUAUUUGAGAAAAUGACAAAAUUUUAGAAAUUAUUAUUAUUAUAAAAUGGUUUGGCAAGAUUCGAUAAAAUGUAUUAAAAUGCCAAAUAUUGACUUCCAAAAUAAUGAAAAAAUAAAAUAAUUGAAGCGUGUUUGUGUCUAAAUUCAAAUUGAUAAAAUAACAAUAUUAAGAUUAUUGUUUUGAUAUACCUACUAGGAGACGGCAUUUCGAUAUUGUAGCUAGAAAAUCUUUGUGUCGGAUUCAGUUAUGUGUUUUAAGUAAAAAAUAAUUAAUUAAUAAAAAAGAAUAAAAUACAAAUUCGGCAAAACCAUGUUUUGACCGGUUGAACACCGUGGAAAACAAUAAACUCUAUAUACUACCUAUUUCAUUCAAUAUAUAUUUAGACUAGGAUAUUCUCUUGUGAUACACACACACAUACCAGGUAUGCCAUAAAGACACGCUCACACAGUAACACAGACACACAUACAAACGCACUUCACAUACCCAAACACGUGGGUAAACAAGCCUGUGUUCGCGAAUAGUAUUUGAAAGUUGAAAGUAUUAAUAAAAUUAAAACAUGGUUUUAAACGUAUCUAAAAUAAAACAGUAAUGGUGCAUAACUGUGUUGGCAGUUAUAAAAUAACAAUUUAUAAAGUAUAAGCCUAAAUACGUCGCUAAAUAGAUAAAUUGUAACAAUAAAUGUUUACGGUCGUUGGUGUGUUAGGAAAAUAAUAUCGUAUUAAUUUUAAAAAUAAAAUAUAUUAUGUGAAUGUUCUUGGACAAUUUUGUACGAAAAAUAUUAUAUAUAUAUAUCAAUUUAUUAAUUCCUUUCUCACAGUUUAUUUGAAUACGACAGGUGAUUUCAGUAAUACUACAUUCCAUUAAGUGUAAUAUGACACCGUGUUUACCCGAAAUUACCCGAUCUCGAAUUCUCGAAUUCAACUCUUUUUUUCGCAAGUCCAAAAUUGUUCACGAACAAAAUAAAAGGGAUAAAGAUAUCCCUGAAAAUUUUCUUAUGAUUACUAUAAGGAGAAGAUAACUUAUUUUAGUGUAAAAUGUAUCAACUUUUAUCUAUCUAUAUAUUUCUAUGUCGCUUUCAAUGUCAGAGAAGUAGCUUUAAAGUAAACUUAGGCACGUUAUUGUCUAAAAGAUAUUAUUUAGUUUUGACUAUUCUAGUCGUAAAAUCUAGUCACUUAGUCUAAAGUCUAUGUAUCUAUAAUUUGGGCACAAUAUCUUGAUCUCUUUCCAAAUACUAUUAAAUCUUUAGGCCAUAUUCAUAUGUAGUACAAUAGUGGAUUGUAGUAACUACUUAAAUAAAUAGAUCAAAGUGUAUUAGAGAUAUCCAAGGCUUAGAUAUUAAAAUAUACAAAUGAAAUGGACCAGAACAUCUUGAGUCAAUGAAAAAAACAAAAUACAUAGUAUAUGACAAUUGUACUGCAUAUGAUAAAAACAAAUUAUCAAAAUGCCAGUUGCUUACGUAGACACUACCUCAUAAUUUUAUGUGUUAAAUACAAAAGAGAUUAUAUUUAUGCAGAGUACCUAUGACAUGCUUCUUAACAUUUUGUCAUAGUAAUCCUUUGUCGUAUUACAAAACAUGUAACUGACUGGCAUUACAAAAUAUAUACCUACUUCCUUCACCUACUGCGCCUUUCACACUAUUUUGAAACUUGAAAGAUUUGUUUGAAAUCCUAAUGUAUUAUUUGAAUUUAUAAAUAUUAGGUUUAAAUAUGAAUUUGUUAAAAUAUAAAUAAAUAAUAUUCGAUCGAUGUUGAGACUUAAAAUAUUAAGAAUGUGAUAGGUGUUUUUAAAUAAUUUAUAUUACGAUUACUUACUGUAAUGAUUAAUUGGAAUUUAUUACAUUUUAAUUAUGUAACUCUUUUGGCGGGUAAUAGUAGUUAAAAUGUAGGGUUAUUCCUACUUUUUGUCCAACAGUAUUUUUGUAAUAAACAAGAUCUGAAUUAUAAUCGGGAAUUAUAAAGUUACAGGUUUAUUUUUAAAGAAGAGAAGAGUGUACAACUAUGGAACUAAAAUGCAUUAAUACGAUAGGUGUUAACUAUUAAGCCAAAGAAUAUCUGUUCAAUCAUUAUUUAUUCAAUUGGUUAAAAAAAUUACGAAUAACUUGUAACUUUAUAAUUUCAAACAGACUACAAAUUUUAAUAAAGUGCGCUUGUUACACGACAAUUCUUCACUCGACUUUGGAACGAUUCAACCUAAGGAAAAUGAAAUAAGCAUUUAAAUAAGAUGGAAAAAGUAAAAAAAAAUUGUGAGAACGCCAUAACAUCUUUUAAUAACUUUUCAAUGUUGGGUGUAAAAUUGCCGUGUCAACAAGCAGCUAAGUGAUAGUAAAUGGUAAUCAAAACGAUGAAAUGGUAAUCGUAAUGGUAAUCAUAGUAAUCCUCAGUACCCCGAUAUCCGAGUGUCAGUAGACUUGACACAAGUGUAUGCUCAGAUGGACAGCAUUAUGUUGGUUGAAACGUUUUUUUUAUAAAAAAAUAUAGAGAAAAUUUGUUCCGAA